AUGUAUUUCUCCGUAGCCUCUCAGACGUUCGUGAUAUUUCGAGGAUGGAAAGUGACCUCUGCGAGUGGUAAGUCUCAAAUAAUCAGAUCAUUACUGAACGGCUUCUACCUAUGUGCUUUUGUUCCGUUUACUUUGGUCUUGCCUACUUUCUUUCUCGUUAUUUGUACGUUCACCUCGCUAAUAUUUGCAAGAAUUAGAAGAUACUAUAACAUUCACGAUCUCCAGAUGCACCGCCGCUAGACGCUGAAAAAACCACAGGUCGCUAUCAAACAGCUUUUAUUGUCAUGUAUUUUUUGUUACUCGUCUUAAAAAUUUCUUCUCUCUGAAUAUCACAUGUGCCAAAUUCCUAGGAAGAAAGACCCUGAGCCUGUGUUAAUCGAUAUGAAGAAAUUAGGAAAAGCAAUUUGUUGCUGGCGAGGGGAACUCUCUCCAUAGUCACAUCGAUGUGAAACUUGCUUAUUUCUCUUGACCAGCGCGACUGUGGAGCAGGAAGAGUAGAACAAUUUGUAAGCAAUGAAUACCGUCUUGAUUUUAAUAAAUUUAUCUAUUCCAGACGUUGGGGGAUCUUUCCUGGCGGUGUUUGCACUCGCAGUCCUGUACGAGUGCUACAAGGGACUUCACGUGACGUUAAAACAACGUUUAAAGACGAGGAGUUACCGCGGGUCAACAACCAGUGUGCUAGCGUCCAGAAUACAUACCGCUAUCAAAUGGUAA